AUGGAACGCUUGCGUCACGUUCCAAAUGAAGAGAAGAUCCAAGUCUUCAUUGCUAAUCUACCUCCUCUCAAUACGCCGAACAUCCUUGGAUACAUAUUCUUUGUCAGAAUCGUCUACAACCUCUAUUUCCAUCCCCUGCGCAAUUUCCCAGGCCCGAAACUGUGGGCGAUCUCGCGAGUUCCGUGGCAUUACACCAAUCUUAAGGGACGAAUCACUUGGCGGAUUCGAGAGCUCCACGAUCAGUACGGUCCGGUUGUACGCAUCGCGCCAGAUGAGCUGUCUUACACCACAUCGACGGCGUGGAAGAAAAUCUACGGCCAGCGCAAACCCGAGUUCCCGAAAGCCCUGGAUGGGCGCGGUAUCGCGCCGCCCAGCAUUGGUGGGCGUAGGAGUUUGAUGACGGAAACGCAGGAACAACAUUUGAGACUGCGGCGAGCGAUCAAUCCGGCGUUUUCGGAAAAGGCCUUGAGGGAACAGGAGCAUUAUCUCCAAACUCACUCGAGCAAGCUCGUCAAGAUUCUGAAAGAAAAGUCGAAGCAAGGCCCCGUUGAUAUCACGACUUGGUACAAUCUCGUCGCAUUUGACAUCGUUUCCGACUUGGCAUUUGGAGAACCGGCUGGCUUCUUGGACAAUUCAGAUCAACCCUGGAUUCAAGUGAUCCUCCAGAGAGCGAAAGCCAUCGUGUGGUUUCAGCUUGCUGUCUGGUACGGUUUCUUUCCACUAUUGAACUUUCUCACCCCUAGAUACGUCACGGAGUCGCGCAAGAACCAUAUCGCCUUGACCGAAGCCAAGCUAGAGAGGCGAAUGAAGGCUGAGAAUCCGGGCAAAGACUUCAUGUCGUUCAUCCUCGAGAACGAGAACGAAGCAGUCGAGAAGCUAUCCAAGGUUGAGCUGGUCAUGCUGGCGAGCAACUUCAUCGUCGCCGGAAGCGGCACAUCGGCGGGCGGUAUGUCUGGUCUCACAUACCUCCUGCUCCGGAACCCGGACAAGCUUGAAAAGCUCAAGAGGGAGAUCAGGGAGACGUUCCAGACGAGCGAGGAGAUAUCGAUGCAAGGGACGGCCCAAUGCAAGUACCUCACCGCCUGUCUUGACGAGGGCAUGCGCAUGUACCCGCCUACUCCCGGCUCCCUGCCUCGGUUUGUGCCAGGCAAAGGAGAGGUGAUCGACGGCAAGUGGGUGAAGGGCGGCAUGGCCGUUGCCGUCAACCAGCUCUCUGCCGGCACGUCGGAGUUGAAUUUUAAGCGCGCCCGGGAGUUUCAUCCUGAGCGAUGGCUCGAUCUACCUCCGGACUCUGAGUUCGCCAACGAUGACAAGGCAGCCACCCAGCCCUUUUCUAUGGGCCAAAGAGUCUGCAUUGGAAGAGCUAUGGCAUAUGCAGAGAUGCGUUUAACAAUGGCCAAGAUCAUGUGGCAUUUCGAUCUCGAACUCGCCGAGCCCGAGCUUGAUUGGUGGAACAAGCAAGGGACCUACUUGGUAUGGGAGAAGAUACCGUUGAUGAUUCAACUGCGACCACGGUCUAUGUAG